AUGGAGCCUUCAAAGCAGCCAUUGCUUCCCCCAAUUCCUCCCCCAGUACUUCCAAUCCCAACUCCAGAAACGCCCCCAGCAAUUUCCACCCCAGAACAACGAUAUGGCGAAAUCCAAGUCGCAGGAGCUAUUCGCCAACGAUGGCUCGAAGACCCAACAGACACCACAUGCCAAAUCCAACCCAGCACCCUAACCAUCGACGACCUCGUAGCAGAAAACUGGUACAUCGAUUCUGAAAAGCGCAGACUCCCAACGCAAAUUUCCAAAGACGCCGUCGCGCUCGGAUACGCCGAUGAAGCAAUCUACGACUAUUCCGCAGCCCAAACCGACGCCAAGGGUGCUCUCGGGAUUGCUGGUGCCGAAAACAUCUACACCCUCCUAGCUGGAAAGGGACUUCUCGUUGCCGAGGCAAUAUUCAGAAUUGACGGGCCUCAGUUUUCGCAGAUUGCCCGAGCUCAAAUGCAGGAGACUGCUGACCCCCAAACAUUGCGACACUUCUAUGUUUGUGAUAUUGUCAAUAUCGAUACUGGCAUGUUCGUGCAUAAUAGUCUCUAUUCCCCGAGCAAUGGUCUCACUUGGCCUCCGGUUUCUAAGGAUCCGCAAAUCUGGCUGUACAAUACACCCGAGUACCAGGGUCUGUUGGGUACGCGCAUUGGGAGGUGUGCGGUUUAUCUGGUGUUGGAGAUUUUUCCUAGAGGUACGUAUUACAUUUCUAGGAUUGUGACCUGGGAGAAGAGUUGUUCACUUGAGAUCAGGUUUGAUAUUGAACCUAUUCCUCCAUCGGGUGCUGCUUGA